AUGCAACACGAAGUGAAAAGAGUGCAAUUGACAAAAGACCAACUCCUACAAAAGUAUGCUAAAGAUCAACCAAAGAUCAAGCACUAUAGAGAGCUUACGGAUUAUUUAUUUGACCAACGCAAAUCAAAAGUUUACAAUGAAGAGACCUUGAAAUUAACAACUAGCAUAUUACAAUUAAACCCAGAGUUUUACACCAUGUGGAACUACAGACGGGAAAUAAUGGAUCAUGUAUAUUCCGCUUCAAGCUCGACCUCGGACAUGCUGAAUAUAUACAUUUCUGUGUUAAACAAUGAGUUGAAUUUUAUUCUUUCGUUACUAAAAAGGUUUCCUAAAGUAUACUGGAUAUGGAACCAUCGAAGGUGGUGUUUGUUUAAACUCGUUGAUUUUGGUGCUGUUGACUGGGGAUUUGAGUUCAAAACAGUGGGCAAAAUGUUGGAAAUGGAUCAACGGAACUUCCAUGGCUGGCAGUAUAGACGAUUCGUAGUUGAGAAUCUUCAAGUGGAGCAGUUGAAAAAGAAAGAACAUAAUGGUUGUCGUGACCCUAAGGAUGGUCAGGAAGAAAAAGGAGAAGAGAAAGAAGGGGAGGAUGCUCUGGAGGAAGCUACAUCUAAAAACGAAGGUGUUUGCAACAAUCUAAAGGUUUUAAAAUUGUACUUGGAUGAGUUUGGUUACACAACCACUAAAAUCCAACAUGAUUUUUCGAAUUUUUCAGCAUGGCACAAUAGGACUAAACUAAUUUAUAAAAUUUAUAACUUGGUGACAAGCUUGAAAAAAAGUGAUAGUGGCGGUGGAGUUGGUGUUGGUGGUAUUGUUAGUGAAGAAAAGAUUUCAUUAUUUUUGAACCCGUUGAAUGUGAUGAAAAAUGAUUUGGAGAUUCUCCAAACAGGGAUUUACAUGAGCCCUGAAGACAACUCCGUAUGGCUAUAUUUGUAUUGGCUAUUGUCUGAUGAUAUUUUUGUUCUGGCAUUUAAGACGCAAGAUGAGUAUUUGAAAGUUCUCAAAGAUCAAAUCAAACUAAUCAGGGAGGUUAACGAGUUGGAAAAAGAUGAUACUGGGUUGGAUAACGUUGGAUGCUUAAAGAGUUUUGUUUUCGUUAGAGCAUUGAUUGACAAAGUUGAAAAAAGAAAGGAGCUAGAUGACAAAGAGAUUGUGACGAACCUUGAGAAGUUGAUUAAAUUGGACUCGUUGAGAAGGAGACGUUAUGAGGAUCAAUUACUGGGCAAAGUUCCAGUGCUUUAG